AUGUCCAUCAUCUCUAUAGGAACAUUUAGGCACAUAUGCAGCCGCAGCAAUAGAUGGGCCAAACUUCGGCCAUCUAAUUUAAUGCUCACCGAAUUCCAAAACUCCCGAGUGGUGGUCAAGGGCGAAGCCACACUUCUAGUGAAUUUCAGGGGGUUUGCAGGCCCACUUGAUGUUGUUGUGGUAGAAGGCCAAUGCACAAGCCUCAUAGGGCUUGAUUGGUUCGACGCAUUGGGCAUUCAAAUAACCGGCAUUCACUGGACACAAGCGGUGGAUUUGUCUUCAGUCUGCCAAGAAUUCUCAGAUGUUUUCAGUUCAUGCCUAGGGGAGUACAAGGGUCCUCCGAUAGCCUUCAAGCUUGAUCCUAUGGUAACGCCAAUACGGAUCAAGCCUUGUCGAGUGCCUUUUGCUUUAAAACAAAAAAUCGACGCAGAGCUGGACAAGCUGUCAGUCGGAAUAUUGCAGCCUGUAGACAGUGGGGAGUGGGAGACCCCCAUAGUAAUGCCACUAAAGGCCAACGGGGAAGUGCAAAUAUGCGCUGACUACAAGUGUACUAUUAACUGGGCACUUCCGCAGCACGCGUACCCAGUGCCAGUUGUCAGCCAUAUUUUGGCGUCAUUGCAAGGUGGCCGCAUGUUCGCCAAAUUAGAUUUGGCACAGGUCUACCAACAGCUGCCAGUGGACGAGGCCACGGCAGCCGCCCAAACCAUCGUCACUCAUCGGGGGGCCUUCAAGGUCAAGCGCCUACAGUUUGGGGUGAGUGUAGCCACAGGGAUUUUCCAGGGAGUAAUGGAGCGAACGCUCAAGGACAUUCCAGGGGUCUGCCCAUACUUCAAUGAUGUUCUCAUCACCGGAGAAACCGCAGAGGUCCCAGCUGAACGGCUUAGAGCUGUCCUUCAGCAGUUCCGCACAGCGGGACUCAGAUUAAAGAAAGAAAAAUGCAAGAUUGUGGUUGAGUCAAUGGAGUUCUUGGGGUUCUGCAUUGAUGCCAACGGCAUCCAUCCGGCAGACUCAAAGCUGAAAGCAAUUCAGCAGGCCCCAAGCCCGAAGUCCAAGGGAGAGCUUCAGGCCUUUUUGGGCCUUCUUAAUUUUUACCAUGCCUUCCUUCCAAACAAGGCCGCUGUGGCAGAGCCGUUACACCGGCUCUUGGACAGACAAGCCCAGUGGAAGUGGACCAGCAUCCACGAAAGGAGUUUCCAAGCAGUCAAAUCACUGCUGUCCUCGAACUCUGUACUCACGCAUUUUAAUGAAAGGCUGCCAGUCUGCAUCGCGUGUGAUGCAUGUCCGUAUGGGGUUGGGGCUGUGUUGAGCCAUUUGUCGGCUGAUGGGAAACAGUCUCCCAUCGCCUACUAUUCUAGGACCCUGUCGUCCGCUGAGCGCAACUAUGCGCGAAUUGAUAAGGAGGCUUUGGCAAUCGUGGCUGGAGUUAAAAAAUUCCACGACUACUUGUACGGUCGCCAGUUCAUGGUAUUUACAGACCACAAGCCACUCCUAGGGUUGUUCACUACGAACAAACAGACACCCCAGAUUCUGUCACCUCAAAUGUUGAGGUGGUCUAUUUUUCUGUCAGCCUACAACUACAGGCUGGUUCACAAACUGGGCAAAGAAAUGGGCCAUGCAGACGGCCUUAGCAGGUUGCCCCUACCACAUGUAGAGCCAGCUCCAGCUCCAGCUGCACACAUCCUGGCUAUCCAGGAUCUGCCGGAAUCUCCCCUUCAUGCUGGGGACGUAGCUGCUGAGAUGGCAGCUGACAAAAUACUGAGUAGUGUAUUGAAUUGGGUGCACACAGGAUGGCUAGACAAAUGUCCAGACCCAGAAUUUCAGAGCUUUUUCAUGCGAAAAGAUGAGCUUUCAGCUCAUAAAGGGUGCAUCCUUUGGGGAAGUAGGGUCAUAGUUCCCAGCUCGUUAAGACCCAGAGUGCUUGAGUCUCUGCACGAGGGCCAUCCGGGAAUAAGCCGGCCCGGCCACAGCCACCAAUGCGGAGCCACCGAAGUGCCGCCCACCUUGCCCGGAGCCACCCUUGGCCGCUGCCUCGGUCCCUCUGCCGCGUUGCGGCAAAUGGCCGGUUUCGGUGUGGUGCGGAUCUUUGCCUCUGGCCGGAGACAAACAGCCGGCAAAUGGCCAGUUUCAGCAUGGUGCAGAUCUUUGCCUCCAGUUGGCAGCAAAGAGCCGUGCCACGCCAAAACCGGGCGUUUUCCGCCUCCUGCCCAGUGCCGCUGCCAUGAGGCCACAGAACAAGCUGGGUGGAGGGGCCGGGAAGAAGUUGCCUGCUCAGCCACGUGUGCAGUGGAGGCGGUGGAGGUGGAGGCGGCCCAGGCAGGCACUGGUAAGCCAGGCAGGGCCGAGCAGGACCGAGCGAGCGACAUCAGGGACACCAUCUUGCUGGUGCUUAAGGGCUACGACUGGAGCCUGGUGCCCAUGCUGGUGUGGGGCAACGGGGCGCUGAAGGCCAAGCUGCAUGUCGAGCGGCCCAUGAAUGACUUCCAGGUCUGGGCGCAGGCGGCGUGCAGGAAGCUGGCCGACCAGUACCCGCACCUGCAGAACGCCGAGCUCAGCAAGAUGCUGGGCAAGCUCUGGCA